AUGAAAUCAUUUCUCUGUGCAUUUAAUUUUAGUAGAAAAAUCCCAAUAUCAAAGUUUAUAAAGGCAGAAGAAAAGCUGUAAAUAAAAUCUAAGAUAAGUCAAAAUGUAAAUAAAAAUGAAUAAUCAGAUGAGAUAGAAAAGAUGGCUGAACAAUUUUAAGGAACUAAAACGAUGAAAUUAGUUGAUAAAAUUAUUGAUGAAUAGCUAAAAAAAGGAUACAAUAUGGAUUAAAUUUUGUAAGCAGCUCAAAAAGGAAAAAUAAUUAAUGAUGAUUUAAAAAAGGCCUUCCAAACUGAUGCUGUGAAAAGUGAAUUAGUAAAGUUAAAAUCAUAAAAGAUGGAAGAAGAAUUUAAAAAACUUUAGUAAUCAAAUCCAGAUUUAUAUAAAUUUAUAUAAACUAAUACUAAUAAUCAAAACUUAAAAAAAGGAGAACCUUAAUACUCACAUGCUAAAAAAGAUAAAAAAUAAAAGCAGGAUUAAUAGAUAUAAAAUAAUACUAAAAAUAAUAAUAAUAAUACUAAUACUAAUAAUAAGAAAAAAUGA